AGCUCCUCACUCUCAAUACUCUUGAUUUAUAGUCAGUUAUCUCUAGUCUUCAACAGCCUUUGGCAGUACAACGCAGAAGUCAAGGAAAUGUCUGUGAUGGAUCUGCUAGAGCUUUACGAGUGGAUCGACAUCAAGUGCAUUUUAAUAUUCUUAUGUGUGUUUUUGUUAUUGAGUGAUUAUAUCCGAAAUAAACCUCCGAAAAACUUUCCUCCAGGACCCUGGUCUUUGCCGAUUAUUGGGAAUCUUCAUCAUAUCGAUCACACGAAAAUUCAUCUUCAGUUUUUAGAGUUUGCAAAAAAAUAUGGCAAAAUCUUCAGCAUUAGAAUUGGUCCAAGAAUGGUUGUGUUAGAUGGGUAUAAACUAUUUAAGGAGGUGUAUGUACAACAAGGUGACAACCUCGCUGAUCGACCCAGUAUACCUUUAUAUGAGUUCAUUGGAAACAGAGGUUUAAUUACCUCCAGUGGUUAUCAAUGGAAGCAACAGAGAAGAUUUGCACUCUCAACACUUAGGAAUUUUGGAUUGGGAAAGAAAAGCCUUGAACCAUCCAUCCACCUUGAAUGUCGCUUUUUUAAUGAAGCCAUUGCAAAUGAACAUGGUAGACCAUUUGAUCCUCAGGUCCUGCUGAACAACGCUGUGUCAAAUGUGAUCUGUGUCCUUGUGUUUGGUAAUCGAUUUGAGUACAGCGACAAUGAAUUCCAGUCUCUGUUGAAGAAGAUGAGCGAGGCUGUGUAUCUUGAGGGCGGCAUCUGUGCUCAACUUUAUAACAUGUUUCCAUGGAUCAUGAAGCGACUGCCUGGAUCACACCAGAAAAUAAUUGCUCUGUGGAAGGAGGUUAUUGACUUUGUUCGUGAGAAGGUGAAUACACACAGGGUGGACUAUGAUCCAUCAGAUCCUCGAGACUACAUCGACUCCUUCCUUAGUGAGAUGGAUAAAUUGAAGGAGGACAAAGAUGCUGGGUUUGACAUAGAGAACUUGUGCAUCUGUACAACAGAUCUGUUUGUGGCAGGAACUGAGACCACCACCACCACUUUAUACUGGGGUCUUCUAUGCAUGAUCAAAUAUCCUGAGAUACAGGCUAAAGUUCAGGAGGAGAUUGAUCGUGUUGUGGGUGGGGAACGUGAACCAUCUAUAUCAGACAAAGACAAGCUGCCCUACACCAAUGCUGUCAUUCAUGAAAUCCAAAGAAUUGGAAAUAUUGUUCCAAUAAACCUUGCCCGAGUUGUUGGAGAAACUACCCAGAUCGGAAAAUACACUAUUCCAAAGGGCACGCUGGUUACUAGCAACUUGACAUCAGUGCUGUUUGAUGAAUCUGAGUGGGAGACACCGCACUCUUUUAACCCAAAUCAUUUCCUGGAUGCUGAGGGCAAAUUCAGGAGAAGAGAUGCCUUUUUGCCUUUCUCUAUAGGAAAGAGAGUGUGUCUUGGUGAGCAGCUGGCAAGGAUGGAACUCUUCCUCUUUUUCUCCUCUCUCCUUCAGCGUUUCACGUUGUCUUCACCUGCAGGUGUGGAGCCCAGCCUGGAUUAUAAAAUGGGGUCCACUCACUGUCCUCAGCCAUACAAAUUAUGUGCAGUACCACGUUGAAUAAUACACACAAAUAUAUGUUCAUGGUUUGCUUGUGGUAUGUUUUUAGUAAGUACAAAUUAUAGGAUCAGUAAUUUUUAGUAAUUAAUAUUUCAUCAAGUGUACAUCUGUGUUUGUUUAAAGUCAGCACAAGUUUGUACUGUGUUGGUUGAUGAAGAAGUACUCAGUUUGUAUUAAACAGUUUUACUAUUUAUUAAA